AUGAAGCUCUUCUCUCUCCUCGGCGCCUUCAUGGCCUCCUCCCUCGUUGCCGCCGGCCGCCCAGAGCCAGAAACCACCACCACCCGUAUCAAGCCUACUUACACCCCGCCCUACACCGAGACGACCACCACUCACAUCUGGAACAGGCCCACCAAGACUGAGACCGAAUACAAGACCAAGAUUUAUGUCAAGCCAUCCGUCUACACCGAGACCGAGACGGAGUAUCAUACCAAACAUCACCACAAGACGGUCGUUUCUGUUCAGUCUGUUCAGUCAGUCUACACUCCGCAUACCAAGCCUCAUCACACGGAUACUGUGACGAUUAUUGGGUCCAAGACCUAUCCUGUUUACGUGCCUACCGAGACACCUGCUGUUACUGCUGGAGCGGCUGGGAAGCAGGCAGCGGGAGCUAUGGUUGUUUUGGGUGUUGUUGCUGCUUUUUUGCUUUAA